AUGCGCAACACGCGGGGCCGCGAGCGGCUCGACCGGUCCUACUGCCUCGUGCUGGCGCCGACGGGCGAGUUCGCGCGCUACGCGCGCGCGCGCUACCGCGAGCGCCACGAGUCGGCCUUCUGGCGCGAGCGCCACUACAUGUACUGGUCCCAGACCUGGCUCAACGGCACGGCCGACGGCGAGCCCGUCCGGAGCGACGGCGGGUCGGCGCUCUCCGACCCCGGCGCCAUCGCCGCGCUCGGGGAGGACACGUACCGGGGCUGCCUCGACCGCUGCAACCUCACGUGCGCGGCGCUCGCGGGCGACCCGGCCCGCGCCGAGGCCCCGGGCGCCUUCGACGAGCUCUACUACAGCGCGUUCCAGCAGCACGAGGGCUUCGUGCGCGACCGCGGCGGCAACGAGCGGCGGCCGCAGUGGGAGGACGACGACAUGACCUACGACCGCUACUACCCGUCGGCCUGCUUCACGUCGAACGACUUCUGGGAGGAGUGGGGCUACACGACCUGGCGGUCCAUCAUCUGGUUCGUCUUCAUCACGCCCUUCUUCUGCGCGGGCUACGUGCUCGCGUGCUGCCAGAGCCACCGGUGCUGCCCCUGGUUCACGCCCCUGAACAAGCUGCGCUACACGGCGGCGACGGCGUUCCCCCGGCUCUACUCCUGGUUCAAGUUCUGCUGCGUCGCCUGCUGCGUCUGGUGCGAGACGGAGUGCUGCGACAAGCCGCAGCCGACGAAGCGGACGCAGGCCGCGCCCGCCGACGGCGCCGUCGAGCUCGCGGCCGUCGUCACGCAGCCCGGCGCGGGCGAGGAGGCGAAGACGGGCGACGGCGGCGACCUCGCCGCCGCCGCGCACCCGGACGCGGGCUCCGCGACGGCCGCGCCCAAGGUGCGGCCGCGGUCCGCGCUCGCGCAGCUCGGCCUCCUCGUCUGGAAGGCGUCCAAGGAGAAGUCGCGGGACCGCGCCGCCAUCGUCAAGCAGCUGCUCGCGCCGUCGGUCUGGUUCGUCCUUAUCUGGCUCUUAUAUAUUAUGACGGCGCUGACGGGCUACUCGCCGCAGUCCAAGUGGAGCCCGAAGAACAGCAACUGGGCCCGCAAGGGCGGCGAGCUCCACGACUACGCCCGCGGCGCCAUCCUGAGCCACGGCACGCUCGAGACCUACCUCGCCCAGUUCGCGUUCUUAUUCCUCAUGCAGGUCGUCAUCGUGAACCUCGUCGCGGAGAAGAGCGCGCGGCUGCUCGAGGCCAUGAAGAUGGCGGGCCUCAAGGAGGCGGUCUACUGGGCGGCGGUGCUCCUCGUCGAGGGCGUCGUCGCCGGGUUCCUCGUGGCGCUCCUCGUCUGCGUCGUCGCGGGGCCGGGCCUCUUCCGGAGGGCGGGCCACACGCCGGGCUACGCGGGCACGAUCCUCGCCCUCCACUGGAUGUACGUCGUCGCGCUCGUCGUCCAGUGCAUGUGGGCGACGACGUUCAUCACGAACAACGAGGCCGCGUCCAUCUUCGCGAUCUGCGCGCAGCUCCUCGGCGUCAUCGUCUACUUUGUGGGCGCGGUCAAGGACGGGUCGUCCGCGUCGAUCUGGGACAUCUCGCCCGCGGGGCAGCGCGUCUACGCGCUCAUGCCCCAGCUCGCCUACGGCCUGCUCGUCGACUCGUACGCGUCGCACCGCGUCCGCAAGUGCGCGAUCCGCGCGGCGAUCUCGCCGCCGGGCUCCGCGGCGCCCUGGGACCGGUCCUGCGACUUUGGCGACGACUGCUUCGCGUCCGGCGAGUACGAGUGCGCCUACGGUUAUGAUUUGGAGAUGGACUGGCGCGACGCGCCGAACAAGCGGUUCCGCCAGCUCGAGGAGUGGGCCCAGAGCCGCGGGUCCACGAGCCUCUUCUGCAACGGCGGCGUGCCCUGGGGCGACGCCUACUCCUACUCCUACUCCUACGGCGACUUCGCGGACUACGGCGCGCAGGACAUCGGGUGCUGGGUCGACGCGCGGAGCGAGUACCCGUCGUUCUACGCCAAGGCCACGGGCGACCUCAAGGGCUGGCGGCCCGCGGCGGACUGGACGGGGCCCCUCUGGGGCAUGCUCAUCGCCGACAUGGUGCUCUACGGCCUCCUCGCGUGGUACUUCAACCAGGUCAUCCCGUGGUCGGAGUACGGCACGCCGAAGCCGUUCUACUUCCCCCUCCUGCCGAGCUACUGGCUCGGCACGUCGCGCGCGCCGGCCCUCGUCGCCGACGCCGCCUUCGACGACGCCGACGACCCGGCCCGCUUCGAGGCGCUCGACCCGGGGGACGCACCGCGCGUCGAGGUGCGGCGGCUCCGGAAGACGUUCGGCGAGCACAAAGCCGUCGACGGCGUGAGCUUCGGCAUCCGCGACAGCGAGAUCUUCUGCCUCCUGGGCCACAACGGCGCGGGGAAGACGACGACCAUGGCCAUGAUCUCCGGGCUGCUGCCGCCGGACCCGCCGCGGCGCGCGACCGACGGCGCGACGGUCUUCGGCUACUCCAUCUUCGAGGCCGGCGGCAUGGACUCGCUGCGGUGCCUUUUGGGCGUCUGCCCGCAGCACGACGUGCUCUUCCCGCGCCUGACGCUCGCGGAGCACGUCUUCUUCUUCUCGCGGCUCAAGGGCCAGUCCGUCGCGAACGCGUCGCGCGAGGCGACGUCGCUCCUCGGCGUCUUCCACCUCGGUCAGCGCGCGGCGCACCUCGGCGCGGAGCUCAGCGGCGGCCAGAAGCGCAAGCUGUCGACGUCCAUCGCCCUCGCCGGCGGGUCGCGCUUCAUCAUCCUCGACGAGCCGACGGCGGGCAUGGACCCCGUCGCGCGGCGCGAGCUCUGGACGCUCCUGCGGUCCGUGCGCGUCGGGCGGUCGCUGCUGCUGACGACGCACCACAUGGACGAGGCGGAGGCGCUGGGCGACCGCGUCGCCAUCAUGUCGUCGGGCAAGAUCCGCACGUGCGGCACGGUGCCGUUCCUCAAGCGGACGUUCGGCAAGGGCUACCUGCUCUCGGCGACGCUCAAGGAGCGGGCCGCGACGGCCGACUUCGGCGGCUUCGUCUCCGACAUCGUCGCGGGCGCGACGCUCCAGGAGGAGUCGCUCGUCGCCGCGCCGGACGUCGACAACCCGCUCGUCGACGGCGGCGACGCGGACGCGGUCACGGAGCGGACCUACGCGCUCCCGGCGAGCGAGGAGCACCGGCUCGCGGCCCUCUUCGACGCCAUCGACGGCAACCUGGACGGCCUCGCCAUCACGUCGACGGCCCUCGAGCCGACGACGCUGGAGACGGUCUUCAUGGUCGUCGGCGAGGACGACACGGUGCACAACGUGCUCGCGGCCGGCGCGCCCGACGAGUCCAUCUACGUGUCCCUGCCCUCGGCCGCGGGCGGCGCGGCGGCGACGGGCGGCCCGCGGACGUCGAGCCGGGUCUGGGACCAGAGCCUGGCCAUCGCGCGCAUGCGCCUCGAGCACGCGCGGAACGACGUCGUCAUCUUGUUGGCGCCCCUGCGCGGCCUCGAGGCCAUGGUCUGCGCGUUCCGCGAGCGGGUCUUCGGCGGCGACCGGCGGCCGCGGCCCGUGAACCAAUUUUUAGGGCCCCACCUCGGCGGCGCGCGGUGCACGGCGCUCGUGCUCCUGCCGGCGAUCGUCUCGAUCAUGCUCGCGGGGCUCUGCGCCGGCGGCGAGCUCGCGACGGGCAAGCAGCCGCGCUACAGCACGAUCCCGAAUUUGAUCGUCGCCGCCGUCGUCGGCGUGUCGUUCAUCUUCGUGCCGGGCCUCGCCGCGGAGCCCUUGGUGAGCGAGCGCGCGAACCGCGUGCGGAACCUGCUGACGAUCUCGGGCCUCGACUACCGCGCCUACUGGCUCGGCACGCUGCUCGCGGACGCGGCGCUCCAGCUCCUCGUCAUCGCCUGCGUCUACGGUGGUCUGGCGGGCUUCGACAUGCGCUACCGCAUGUGGAAGGCCGAGUACCGGAUGCCGACCCUCGAGGACUACUUCAUCAUCAUGGACAUGAUCACGAACUCGACGUCGCCCGACGCGGCCUACAUCUACAGCCACCAGGACGACUACGAGGCCGUCUGGGACUACUACUGCGACGUCAUGACGGACGAGCAGGACUGCUGGAAUAUUAAAACAAAACAGAGAGGCUGGAUGACGCGCACGGCCUGGCUCUGGGUGCUGCUGCCCAUCUUCGGCAUCGCGCUGUCGACCUUCGCGCACGUCGGGUCCUACGCGUUCGACACGCCGACGAUGUGCCUCGGCGGCUUCCCGAUCCUGUGCCUCGCGUGCAUCGUGCUGCCCCUCUUCGGCGCCAUCGUCCUCUGGCUCGUCUUCGGCGGCGUCAUGUCGGGGACGUCGUCCAUGCAGAUGUUCACCUGGAACUUCGGGGAGCUCGUGUCCGUGUACGCGUGGUGGUGCACGGUCGCGUCGCCCGUCGGCGCGCUCUGCAUGGCGUUCCUGCGGACGGGCCUGCGGCCCUUCUUCAUGGCGCUGGGCAUGCUCCCGCGGGCCCAGAAGAUCCUGGACACGAAGAACGCGCCGCUCUGGCCCGCGUUCUGGGCGACGAUGGUCGUCUUGCUGGCGCAGAUCGUCGCGUUCGAGGCCGCGGCGUACCUCAAGGACCGCAUGGCCACGCGGCCCCUGGCCUACGCGCGCUCCAAGUUCUCGAAGAAGCGCAAGCUCCGCCUCGACGAGGAGGUCGCCAAGGAGCGGAACCGGGUCCUGGGCCGCCUCGCGGACGCGGCGCCCGCGGACGACGACGACGCGAAGCCGGCGGCCGCGGCGGGCUGCGGGCCCGCGCUCAAGGACCUGGCCCGACAGGUCCUCAGGGACCUCAAGGAGGUGCGCGCCAUGGUGCGCAACCGGCCCCCGGAGGACGCCUACCCGCCGGAGCUCAAGGAGGCGUCCGCGGCCGCGGGGUUGGACGUUUUCGAACUGCGGAAGAUCUACGCGCCGAAGCGCCCGGGCGCCGUCGCCGUCGAGGCCGUGCAGAACGUGACCUUCGGCGUGCGCGUCGGCGAGGUCUUCGGGUUGCUCGGCGCCAACGGCGCGGGCAAGACGACGACCAUGUCCAUGGUCAUGCGCGCGACGGAGCCGACGUCCGGCGACGCGAAGAUCGCGGGCAAGUCCGUCCUCUGCGACUUCGGCGAGGCGUCGGCGCAUCUCGGGGUCGUGAACCAGCACAACUCGCUCUGGCCGUCGCUGUCCUGCUACGACCACUGCGCGCUCUUCGCGCGGCUCCGGCGCGUCGGCUCGGAGAUCGCGGUGCGCGCGCUCGUGACGGACACGCUCCGGCGCGUGGAGCUCCUGGGCCACGCGCACAAGAUGGCCGGACGGCUGAGCGGCGGCAUGAAGCGCAAGCUCUGCUGCGCCGCGGCGCUCGUGGGGGACCCGCGCAUCGUGCUCUUGGACGAGCCGUCCGCGGGGCUCGACCCCGUGUCGCAGCGGAAUUUGUGGAACCUCGUCAAGGCGACGAUGGCCGGCCGGGCCGUCGUGCUGACGACGCACUCCAUGGUCGAGGCGGACGUGCUCUGCGACCGCAUCGGCAUCAUGGUCAAGGGCCAGCUCGAGUGCCUGGGCACGCCGCGGCAGCUCAAGGACCAGCACGCGUCGGGCUACGAGCUCGCGGUGAAGCUCGACGACCGCGCGUGCGCGUCGCCCGGCGCCUGGACCGAGGCCAUCAACCGCGUGACGGCCUUCGCGACGGCGACCUUCGCGCCGGAGCACGCCAUCGCGCUCGCCAGGGCAGCAAAAGAGAGCGAAAUUCCCAACUUCAAAGGCUCCUAUCUCGGUCGUUUUCCGCUCGCGCUCGCGGCGGCCGACGCGUCGCUCUUGACGUACGAGGUCUCGGGCGCGUCCGAGCGGGGCCUCCUGGCCAAGGCCUUCCGCGCCUUCGACGCGGCGGCGCGCGCGGACCUGGGCAUCGCCGAGUUCUCCGUGGCCCAGGCGUCCAUGGAGAAGGUCUUCAUUCGAAUCGUCGCGAAGACGGCGGCGGACGAGGAGCGCCGCUUGUCCGUGCUCGACCAGAACGCGCUGGGCCGCGACGUCGCGUCCAUGCUCCAGGAGGAGGACGAGGAGGACGAGCUCGAGGCCGAGCUCAAGGCCAUGACCUUCCGGGAGCGCACGUGCUGCUGCUUCACGCGCUUCGCGCACAAGAUGAUGGCCAAGUACCACUGCGGCAUGUGCUGCACGUGCUGCUGCGUCUUCUGCUGGUCCAUCCUCCAGUGCCCCUGCUGCAUCUUCUUCCACUGGACCGCCUGCUGGGUCUGCCUCCUCCACUUCCUCACGAUCUUCUGCAACGCGCAGAAGGACAACCACUCCGCGGGCGUCGAAGCCUCGAUGUCCGCGUCGGCCUUCUUGAUCGCGUCGGCCUUCGUCGCGCGGUCGUCGGGCGGCUUCCAGCCGGCGCGGAGGCGCGCGGCCGCGUCGACGAUGAGCGACGCCGUGGACGCGGCCCACGCGAGGAUGCGGAUGGACUCCACCGGCGCCUUGAACUUCUCCGCCGCGUACGCGGCGAAGUCCGUGAUCUGGGAGAAGGCCGCGGCGCCGAUCUUCUUCUCGAGCUCCGCCGCCGUGUCGCUGAACGUGUCCAGCGUGUCGCGGAUGAUCACCGUGCGCCGGCAAUUCACGUCCGCGCCGCGCAUCGCGUCGUAG